CACAGCCCUUUGUUUCUCUCUCUCGGCCCUCUUGCUCGUUCCCGCCAUUCACGGUGGAGUUUUGAAUCUUUCUUUGCAUAAACUUAACCUACUUCUACUCUGUUUUUUUUCUUUGCCAGCUUCGUUCUGAUCAGAUUGUACGUAGCGAAACAGAGAAUAAUAUUAAUCAGCUAUCGUACGUUUGAAAAUAAAAUGGAGAAGUAUCUGAGACAGAAUUUCGACUUGGAAUCAAAGAGGCCGUCCAGUGAAGCCCUUAGGAGAUGGAGAUCGGCAGUCUCCAUGGUCAAGAAUCCUCGUCGCAGGUUCCGCUUGGUUGCCGAUCUUGCAAAGCGCGACGAAGCGGAAAGAAAGCUUAGGAAACUCCAGGAAAAAGUACGAAUAGCAAUAUACGUGAAUAAAGCAGCAUUGCAGUUCUUUGGAGGCAUUGUCGAUAAUACACCUGGGACGGAAUCUCAUUACAAGCUAUCCAAAGAGGUUAGGGAUGCUGGUUUUGGGAUUGAACCUGAUAAACUAGCAUCCAUCGUUGGAUCCCAUGAUACCAAGGGUUUGGAGCAUCACGGAGGAGCUCAGGGAUUAGCAAGAGAACUUUCUGUGUCUUUGGAUCAUGGUGUUGAUUCAAGUGACAUAUCUGUCAGGCAAAACAUCUAUGGUUUAAACAGAUAUGUGGAGAAACCUUCUAGAAGUUUUUGGAUGUUCGUGUGGGAAGCCCUACAAGACUUUACUCUAGUUAUCCUCAUUAUUUGUGCUGCCAUUUCUAUAGGUGUUGGCAUUGCAACCGAAGGGUGGCCAAAGGGUAUGUACGACGGGCUAGGAAUAAUACUCUGCAUAUUCUUAGUAGUUAUAGUAACAGCAGUCAGUGACUACAAUCAAUCUUUGCAAUUUAAGGAUCUGGAUAAGGAGAAGAAAAACAUAAUUGUUCAAGUCACCAGAGAUGGAUACAGGCAGAAGGUCUCCAUCUAUGAUUUAGUGGUUGGAGAUGUUGUUCAUCUAUCCAUUGGAGAUCAAGUUCCCGCAGAUGGUGUGUUCAUCUCCGGCUACAGCUUAUCGAUCGAUGAAUCGAGUUUGUCAGGUGAGAGUGAGCCAGUAGAUGUCCACCAAGAGUGGCCUUUUCUUCUGUCAGGCACCAAGGUUCAAGAUGGGUCUGGUAAAAUGUUAGUGACAUCAGUUGGUAUGAGGACUGAAUGGGGAAAAUUGAUGGUUACUCUGAGUGAAGGGGGAGAAGAUGAGACACCACUUCAGGUAAAGCUUAAUGGAGUAGCAACCAUUAUUGGAAAGAUAGGUCUUGUUGUUGCAGUGCUGACCUUUUUAGUUUUGACCUCAAGAUUUUUAGUGGAAAAAUCAAUACACAAUAAGAUCACUGACUGGUCUGCCAGUGAUGCACUCAAACUUCUAAAUUACUUUGCUAUUUCAGUGACUAUACUAGUUGUUGCAGUUCCUGAGGGACUACCUCUUGCAGUGACACUAAGUCUUGCCUUUGCAAUGAAAAAACUCAUGAGUGAUAAGGCACUUGUGAGGCAUCUCUCUGCGUGUGAGACAAUGGGUUCUGCUAGCUGUAUUUGCACAGACAAAACUGGAACAUUGACAACAAAUCAUAUGGUGGUGAAUAAAAUAUGGAUAUGCGAAAAAUCUGUGGAAAUAAAUAGUAGAGACAAUAAGGAUGCGCUGAAGACCUUAAUAUCUGAGAGAGUUUUUUACUUCCUCCUGCAGUCAAUAUUUCAGAAUACUAGCUCGGAAAUAGUCAAAGGGAAAGACUCAAAGAAAAACAUCGUAGGCACUCCAACAGAGACGGCACUAAUAGAAUUUGGCUUGCUUCUGGGAGGCGAUAUAAAUACGUUUCGUGAGGAUUACAAGAUAGUGAGGGUUGAACCUUUCAAUUCAAUAAAAAAGAAGAUGUCUGUGCUUGUGGCUCUUCCUGACGGUGGCGGGUUUCGAGCAUUCUGCAAAGGUGCAUCAGAAAUAAUCUUAGAAACGUGUGACAAGAUUGUUAAAGCUGAUGGGGAAACCACCCAACUCUCUAAAGAACAGAAAAAGGGCAUCACAGAUGUCAUAAAUGGUUUCGCUUGUGAAGCUCUAAGAACUCUAUGCUUGGCCUUCAAGGAUAUAGAAGGCGCUUCCAACGUGGAUAGUAUACCUGAUAAUGGAUAUACAUUAAUAGCUGUUGUUGGAAUUAAGGAUCCUGUCCGUCCUGGGGUAAAGGAAGCGGUUGAGACUUGUUUAGCAGCUGGGAUUACCGUGCGGAUGGUCACAGGUGACAAUAUUAAUACUGCUAAAGCCAUAGCAAAAGAAUGUGGUAUCUUGACAGAAGAUGGACUGGCAAUAGAAGGGACAGAUUUCCGCAAUAAGAGCCCACAGGAGAUGAAGGAAUUAAUCCCAAAACUACAGGUAAUGGCUCGAUCGCUGCCUUUGGACAAGCACAACCUAGUAACCCAGUUAAGGAAUGUAUUUAAAGAAGUCGUCUCUGUGACUGGUGAUGGGACCAAUGAUGCUCCUGCGUUGCAUGAGGCAGAUAUUGGACUUGCUAUGGGUAUUGCAGGAACCGAGGUAGCUAAAGAAAAUGCAGAUGUUAUCAUAAUGGAUGAUAACUUUACCACUAUAGUGAACGUAGCCAGAUGGGGUCGUUCAGUUUAUAUCAACAUUCAGAAGUUUGUACAAUUCCAGUUAACAGUAAAUGUUGUUGCUCUCAUGCUCAACUUUAUCUGUGCAUGUAUCUUAGGAUCUGCUCCUCUUACAACCGUACAAAUGCUUUGGGUAAACUUGAUCAUGGACACUCUUGGCGCAUUGGCCCUGGCUACAGAACCUCCACAUGAUGCGCUGAUGAGAAGACCCCCAAUUGGGAGGAAUGUAAACUUCAUCACUAGGAUCAUGUGGAGGAAUAUUAUCUGUCAGAGCAUCUAUCAAAUUUUCGUCCUCUUGAUUCUAAAAUUUGAUGGGAAGCGGCUCCUGAAGCUCACUGGCUCAGAUGCCAAUUCCAUUCUCAACACAUUCAUAUUCAACUCCUUUGUGUUUUGCCAGGUAUUCAACGAGAUAAACAGCCGAGACAUGGAGAAGACCAAUGUUUUCCGAGGCAUAUUUGAUAGUUGGGUUUUCUUGAUUGUCAUGGUUUCUACGGUAGCUUUCCAAAUCAUAAUAGUCGAGUUUUUGGGCACUUUUGCCGAUACGGUGCCACUAAGCUGGGAAUUGUGGUUAGCCAGCAUCUUAAUCGGAGCUACAAGUUUAAUUGUGGCUGUCAUCACAAAGAGCAUUCCUGUGGGAACAAGCAAGCAUAAUGCUCAGCAUCAUGAUGGCUAUGAACCACUUCCUACCGGUCCAGAGCUGGCAUGAAAAAUCAAAUGUUUGUGACUACAUAUAGAUAUUCCUUAAUAAGGGAGCUUCAUAUGAUAAUCCAUGAUGAUACCUAAGUUGUAUAUGCAGCUCCGAUUCCUUAAAGAGUCCGUCUAGAAAUGUAAUUUGGAGUGGGAAACUACAGGGUUGAUUUGCAACUUUGUUUUUGACUUUCGGCAGAUUUUGUUUGUAACAAAUUCAUGGUGAUUUUUUUUUAUUCUUUUAAAAAAGAGAACAGUACUCCAAUUUCAUAAAUUCAUGGUAUUCAACAGCAGGAGUUCUAUAUCUAUAUUCGGGUCCUGAAACUAAAGAGAAGAUCAUUUGAGUGCUAGGUUUCUAGAAUGGUAAAAUGCUUCUUAUGGACCCAAGACCAAAAAUUAAAACAGAAGAAGAAGAGAGACUAUGGCUAAUUU